UUUGGAUCCUACAACCGUGCAAAAGAACGUAGCUCUGUAAUUUCGCUGGAGAAGAAACCUUCGAUUGCUACCGGACUCUCUGGAGAUUUAAAUCUUUCUUAUUUCUUUUAUUUAUCGAAAGAAAGAGUUUCAAAUGAGAAUUUUAUUUGUGACUUUUAACACUUGCAAAAAUGCUGAAUUGUAAAAAUCUUCAGGAAGAAUAACCACCUGUUAAUCAAAUUAUAUAUCGUACAAAGGAUAAGUCAAUUAGACUUUUAUUUUUCGAAUUAAAAAUUUGAUUAUUUUAUUACAUGAUAAAAAUAAUUUUUUUCUAAAAUUAAAGUUUGAAUAGGGAAACAUAUAUUAGAAGAAAUGAGAAAAAAUAUAUAUUAAUAAUCACAUUUGAAUAAUUAGCGUUUCUAACACUAUUUAAAGAGAAAGGAAAACUGGGAAAAUGAAGAAAUCAUGAUAUGCAAAUUUUGAUUAAUUUUCGAAACAUUGAAACGAGUUUCUGACUUAAUUUCAGGAACAUUUGGUUUAUAUAACUAGCAAUGGAAUUUUGUGGAAGCUUGUGGACUCUUGUAUUAAUUAUAAAUUUGAUGUUCUCCUUUUAUCUUUGCAAAGAGCCAAUACCCUUGCCAAUACCAGAAUAUGAAGCUGUGGCAGGAGAAAUAGGACAUUUACCAUGCAAUUUUACAAUACCAAGUGAUCCAUCUUUAGUAUCUUUAAUGCUCUGGUAUAGGGACCAAGAAAGAGCUCCAAUCUAUACAGUGGACUUUCGAAAAGGGACUAGAGAUAACCCAAAACAUUUUACAAUUCCAGAAUAUGCAGAGAGAUCUUAUUUUGAUGUAAAUAUUAUACCACCAACUCUUAGGUUAAAUUCUAUUAGUCUUGCAGACGAGGGAUAUUACAGAUGCCAUAUAGAGUUUAGGAGAUCAAGAACCAUUACAAGAGUCGUUAAUCUAAAAGUGAUAACACCACCUCAAUCAGUUGUGAUAAUGGAUGAUCGAGGUCAAAGGUUGAAAGAUGUAGCAGGACCAUACGAUGAAGGCGCUUAUUUGUCAUUACUUUGUGAAGCAGAAGGAGGCAAUCCAUCACCCUCAGUAACAUGGUGGCGUGACAAAUCAUUGUUAGAUGACACGUUCUCUCGAACUUCUCAAAGCUUUGUUAGAAAUGAGUACGUCUUCUUGGAGCUACGAAGAUCAGAUCUCAUGGCUCAGCUGACGUGCGAAGCAUCCAACACAAAUCUCACGCAACCGCUGAGGGAGCAAAUUAGAAUAGAUCUAAAUCUUAAACCUAUUUAUAUUCGUAUAACAACUCCACAAAGGCCUUUAAGAGUUGGAGAAGAAAUCCGACUACAUUGUGAAACGUCUGGAUCCCGUCCUCCAGCUAAACUAUCAUGGUGGAUAGAUAAAAAACGUGUACAAACUGGUAAAGAUUCUAUUCCUAACAGUAGAAAUAUUACAUACAGCACUUUAAGUAUUACACCUAAAUCCGAUGAUAAUGGAAAAGCUGUUGUGUGCAAAGCUGAAAAUAAAGAUUUGCCACAUCCCGUUCUUCAAGACAUAUGGUAUUUAAAUGUUUUAUUUUCUCCAGAAGUGUCAUUACAGCUCGGAGCUAACAUAAAAUACUCGACCAUUAAGGAAGGAAAUGAUGUCUACAUGGAGUGUAUUAUCCGGGCAAAUCCACCAGUUGGAGAACUAACCUGGUUAUUCGAAAACAAACCAUUCUUUAGUAACGCUUCGGCCGGGAUCAUCAUCUCUAAUCAAUCUUUAGUUCUGCAAAGGGUGAAAAAAGAGCAUCGAGGGAAAUAUAGAUGUAUUGCUUCUAAUAGUGAAGGCGAAGGGGAAAGCCUGGAUUUAUUCUUAGAAAUAAGGUAUACUCCAACCUGCAAGCCGUCAAAGAAAAAUAUUUAUGGUCUAGCUAGAGAAGAGAAAGUAAAUAUAACGUGUGAAGUAGAUUCGGAUCCUGCCGAUGUCACGUUUCGAUGGGCCUUAAACAAUUCUAUUGAAAACGUUGAACUACACAACUUUAAAUCCUCUGGUUCAACAAGCAUCAUAUCUUAUAUGCCAAAAUCUACGACAGAUUAUGGAUCUGUGUUAUGUUGGGGAAGAAAUUCAGUUGGGGAUCAAAAAGAGCCUUGCUUUUUUAGAAUUAUACCUGCUGGGCCACCAGAUCCCGUACGUAAUUGUGUAGUUGUUAACCAGUCCAAAUCUUGGCUUCAAAUAGAAUGCGAAGCUGGUCACGGUAACGGACUUGAACAGAGCUUUCAUUUAGAUGUAUAUAACUCAGAAAUAAAUCAUCUAGAAGUCAAUUUAACAUCUGCUACAUCACCUUCGUUUUCAGUCAAAGACUUGCCUGCGGGAACUCCAUUUGUACUUGUCGUCUAUGCGUCAAAUGAAAAAGGGAAAAGUAACUCUUUGGCAAUCAUGGCUAAUACUUUGCACUCUGAUCCACAAAGUAAAGACUCAGCCUUUAGUCCGAUUGCUGCGAUUUUAUUGGCCGCGCUGGGUACACUUUUGAUGAUUGGUGUUGUUGGAAUAGCUUUUAUUCAGCUUCGUAGAAGAAGACCGUUAAAAUCUGAUAUUGAGGAAGACAAAUCAAAGAUAGAUAUGAUGCUGAAGAAAGCUUCCGAAGAAAUAGUUGAAACCACAAUUGCUUGCCCAGAUGUUGUGCCUCCGAAUAAUACGGUUUAUGCUAGUCCAGAUUUUGAAGGCAUUUGUGAAAUUACGAAAGAUUCCGAUUCAUCAAAAAUGAAGGACAAUUACAAAAACUGUGUUGUAUCUCUUAAGAAAUCUUGGAGUUUCAAGAAAGGGUUACAAGAUAUGCCAGAUGUUGAAGUCACAUUACCAGACUUCAAUAAUCCAUUAGUAAAACAUCCGUCAUCACCUCCGCUAAUAGGUGAUGUUACUCUUGAAGAAUGCUUAUCAAAUAAGAAAAUUGUGAUAAAAGUGGAACAUUCUCCAGAACCCGAUAGGUGUCAAAGCAGAAAGGGUGAUAAAGGAUAUCGAACUGACUCUGUUUAAUUAUAACACUAAACUGUGAUGAACGUCUUCUGUAUAGCCCUAUUUGUCUUACAUCUCAAAAACAAUCUGCCCACACUGCAGUGUCGUCACAUACUUUGUUCAUUAAGUGAGAGGAGUUGGAAUGCAUUCCUUGGCCACUUGAAAUGGAUGACAAAUUAUGAUUGGAUUUUGAAAAGUAGCACAACUCCUAAAGGAAAUUAAAUAUUCUUCGCCGGAUGGAAUUGGAUUGGACUGCUUAUAAAAUGAGAGCUAUUAUUUAUACAGAAAAGUUAAAAGUGGUGCUCAAUUUAUGCCAAUUUACAGUAUUUGUUGAGAUCCUAGUUGCUUAAACAUUCAAUGUUGGACUGAAUAUUUGUAUGUUAUUUAUGUUAAAAAAUAUGGAUAUUAAAACCUUGAUGUCUCCCAUUUUUUACAAAGAUUGAAUAAAUGAUAUAUUUUUCACAUUU